AUGGGCUUCAACUGCUUGCAGGUUGUCUCAGCUGGCAAAGAUGAAUAUGUGAUUGAGAAUCUAAAGAGUACUGGCUUUGGAAUUUUAGAAAGGUGUGGUGGUUUACCGGUAGCUAUUAAAGCGAUUGCAGGGAUUUUGAUCCACAAAGAAAUAAAUGAAAUUGAGUGGGGAAAAGUACUAACAAGUCCUUCAUGUUGCCCUAGUAGAAAUUCGAUAAUUCAGCUGUGGAUUAGUGAAGGUUUUGUCAAUGGUAAUUCAAAUGAACGAGAAGAGCUUGGAAAGGAGUAUUACAACGAGUUAAUGAUGAGGAAUCUUAUACAGAAGGGGCUGAGCACUGACUGGAUCAUGCAUGACGUGGUUCGCUCAUUUUGUCAGCAUGUGGCUAGUGAUGAAGCUCUGGCCUCUCAUGUGGGACGACUUAAAGACACCGAUCUUGAUUCAAAGAGAUACCGUUGGUUGUGCGUACAGAAUAUAUCAAAUUGCCGUAAUUUCCAAAAACAAGACUCAGUGAGAACAUUGCAUUUAUACGGAAGGGAUAAUGGCAAUUUGAAUCUGAGUGAUUUAUGCAGCACAUUCUCAAGCCUAAGGGUACUACAGGUAACAAAAGUGCAGCAUAUUAUUUCCAUUGAUUCUCUGUGCCAGUUGAAGAACUUGAGGUUCCUGAUAUUUGAUUACACUCAGAUAAGUAGGCUACCAGAUGACAUUGGCAAGAUGAAAUUCUUGGAGUACAUUGGGAUCUCAAACUGUGAAGAAAUAGAAGAACUUCCUGGUAGCAUUAUAAAACUAGAGCGGCUAAGAUGUGUUAACCUUUUCAGAACAAGCAUAAACAGUAUACCUAGGGGCUUUAGUGAGCUUACAAAUUUGAGGACAGUAUUCUCGUUUCCAGCUCAGAUGUGUAGCACUUCAUCAAAAGAAGAGUGGUGUAGUUUGCAGGAGCUGGGACCUCUUUCUGAUCUCAGGAUGCUCGGACUGGUUGGUUUGUUGAAUGUAUCUUCUGGCUCUUUAGCUGCAAAGGCCAAGCUUGGUACCAAGAAGCACCUAACCAUAUUGGAUUUAACUUGCAGUGACGGAUUGCUGAGAGAGGAAGGAGACAUUUCUAUGGAUGAGCAGAGACGGAUUGAGGAGGUUUUUGAUGAGCUGUGCCCUCCACACUCAUUGGAAGAACUUUUCAUCAGAGGAUAUUCUGGUCAACGGCUCCCAAGGUGGAUGGCAUCGAAAGCAUCGGUGAAGUUUGAUAAAUUGAUGAAUGUGUGGUUGGAAGGCCUGGCAUGCUGCACCAGACUCCCUGAUGGCCUGUUUCACUUCCCCUGUUUGAAGAUCCUAACGAUCAAAAGUGCCCCAGCCAUCAAGCGCAUUGAGCAACACAAUGGUUACCACAACCAUUCUCAAGCAGCUGUUCCGUUUCCCAAACUGGAGUUCCUAGAGUUUACAGGAAUGCUGGAAUGGGAGGAGUGGGUGUGGGAGGACACAACGCAGGCCAUGCCUCUCUUGGAGAAGCUUGUACUAGAAAGAUGCAAAUUGCGAGAACUUCCUCUUGGCCUUGCCUCACAUGCAAGGGCUUUGAAAUUUCUGAAAUUUCACAAGGUCCAGAACCUCAAGUCUAUACAGAAUUUGUCUUCAGUUGUCGAUCUUGAUGUGCAAGACAACCCCAGCAUGGAGAGCAUCACAAGUCUUCCAAAACUCCAAAUUCUUAACAUUGUUUACUGCCCAAAACUAACGGAUACCUACAAGAUGUAA